AUGGAGCUGCGAUGCUCCACUGAGCCCUCUGUUGCCCUGAGGGAGGUGAGCUCCAUGUGGUCUGAUCCCUACUGUACCUGGGCUGAGCCACUGCUGAGGCACCACAGGCACCAGGGUGAAUAGAAUGCACCCCAGAAGGCCAGCAUAUAUAACCCUAGGGGCCAACAUCUGUACUGUAGUUUACCUGCCACAAUAUAAUGUAUAUUCUCAGGUCAGCUGAUGGUCACUUAGCACCAGUCCUGGAGAGCUCUGAGGCACGGCAGAUGCUAUCGUCCCAGUGGAGGGAGAUGGUGUAGUUAUGGGUCAGCUAGCAGCCACAGCUGAGAACUCUGACCAGAGAGGGAAUCCUUCUGGAAACAUUCAUGGGCUGGUUGAGGAAACAGUGUGAGCAUAAUCAGCCUUCCAAUACAACACUACAGGGGAACAUUCAUAACAGGGGUUGUUUUGUAGACUCAAAGGCAGUAGUGAGAAUUCCUCCUAGGACUUGGCAAGCAGAACUGAGAUGAUUCAGUUUCUUUCUGUAAGUGUUGGCAAAAUGCUGCCUCAUACAGAUGUUGGAUCUUAAUUUGAUCACCCUGUUGCAGCAUAACUUUCCUGCAAUCAGGAAAUUUAAAACUUGUAGUGUAUUUGAGGUUUAAAAGGCUUCUGAAGUUUGUAAUUUCCACUUUGACGUUUUGUACUUGAUUUUCCCUUUUAAAAAAUGUAUCAACCCCUACAAAAAUGUCCAUGAAUUAUAAUCCACAUAAUAAUUCACAUUUUCUUUUGCUGAAGGAUUAUUUUCCUGCUGUAGCAAACUGGCUCAAAUUAAGAUCCUACAUCUGUAGAAUCAUAGUGGUGGCGCGUGGCCUGCACCCCGUGCCUGCGGUCAUGGCUUGAUGAGCCUAAUGAACCCAUACAAUGGCGGAAUGCAAAGGGAAAAUUGGAUUUUCACUUGAGCACACAGAAUAGUUUGAUUUGAUAAUUUAGGCACUAAACACAACUCUCAAGUUACACUCUGACUUGCAAAUUAUUCUUGCAUCAAAUGUGGUUAUUUUAUGUGGCAUGAUUUCAUGUGGUUAUUAUAAGAAUGUAAAAUGUUAUGAACAGAUGUUCAAAGCUGCUUGUACAGAGUUCAAUGCAUGUGCAUUUGAUUCUGUAAGGUUCUUUGUACAUUACAUUUUAACAUAAAUUAAAUAUAUAGCGUUUAUUUCAGACAAUAAUUUAUUUACCACAGGCUAGCUUACCAACAGUUAUAUUCAGUAGUACAGUGAUUGCAGGAGUUCUGAAUAAUUCUUGGCUUUUUCUGUUACGUCUCAGGCCACAAGAUGGCAUCAUUUAUUGCACGAUGAAGCAUGUGCAUUGGAGCUGAUAUGCAAACCCUACCCUACUUUUAUAAUAAUAACAAGCCAUUUAGCAGACGCUUUUAUCCAAAGCGACUUACAGUCAUGUGUGCAUACAUUUUUACGUAUGGGUGGUCCCGGGGAUCGAACCCACUACCCUGGCGUUACAAGCGCCAUGCUCUACCAAUUGAGCUACAGAGGACCACUUUUAACACCUCUAUCAUUAAUCGAUAGUGACGAAAUGAUCAGUUAUACUGUGAUUCUGAAUCAAUAUAAUUUAGAAUAUUUUCUUCAAAAGUAGAAUGAAUCAUGAUCAAUCAAUUAAUCUAACAAUCUUUACUUGAAUCAUCAUUAGGAACUUAGAAACAACUUGAUCACCUUGAUGGAGUUGGAUUUUAAGUAUCUAAUGAGCCCAAAUGUAACAAGGUGAACUUUUAAAGAUACAACAAUAUCCAGCAACGCAUAAAAUGGUAUCAGUAAAAGGUCUGCAUCUCUUUAGUCAUUGUUUAAGUGUCACUAAUAUGCAAAAUAAAUACUUUAAACUAUCCCUGUGUUAUAACUGUGGCAUUCCCAUAUAUCCUUAUGGUUUGUGUGAGGUUUGGAAAUAACAUAUAAUAGACUUGCCAUGAAUUAUACCAUGGAGUGUUGCUGAAGUCAUAGUCCACUUACAUUAUUAUCACACUUCUUCAUCAUCAUCAUGAAUCAGCGCAGUAUUGAAUCAUCUACUCAUCAUCUAUUUAUGUCUGUGCGUCUAAGCUCUGUAUUCAAAACUAGAAUGCAUAGUGGAAUAUUUUGUCAACUUCACAAUAGCCUACAGUACAAAUUGAGAUAAAAAAAAGUAUGUGCAGACUAUGUGCAAUCCAUAUCUCAAGCACACCCCUAAAGAGUGAAUAUGGGCGACUGAUACAAAAAAAGGGCUCUGGGCAGUGGGCACGUCAUGAGUAGGCAGGUUACUAUACCACCAACUUCGUUUCGCAUGCCUUCUCAUCGAACAGCUACAGUUUCUGCCAACGCCUCUUGAAAUGAUCGACGCUUCCCCCAUCCAUUUCCAUUGCUCACAGCGCAUCCUCUACCAAUAACCGCGGUCGGAGGCGCAGCCUCUCGUUGUGGGAGGUUCAUUGCAUGGUCCUCGGCCCUGAAUGGGAGUGGAGAGGGAUGCAGGAGGAUUCGUAAACUCCACAGGACCCGUGGAAAAUGUUGAAUUAGCCCCUAUCUGCGAACUGGGGUUGUAUUCGUAGUGGUUCAAUCACAGCCCAGUGAAUGAAAGACAGAGAUUGACGCUUGACGCACCGUAUCACUUUGGAGUAGAUUUGGUUCUUGGUCGUUGGAAGAUUCUGUGCUGGGCUCCAGACUGUUGAGGAGCGUGUCGUUCAGGUGACACAGACACUUAACUUUACGGACUGUGUAUCAUUUAUCUGCUAUGCAAUUGGGAGCAAGUGGAUGUACAUGGGAUCCAUAAAAUGACGAGCAGGUGGAUGUAUUUAACUGUCAAGCAAGAUUUACGCGCAUUUAUAGAGAUUGAGAAAAUAACCCUGAAUUAAAUCUCAGCAGUAAUUCGUGCACGGUAUGCAUGUGUGCCUUGUUGAUCGGACUGAGUUGGGUAGACAUAAUCAUGGACUGUCAUCAGGCGAAGAAUAUGCCAAUGCAUUGUAGGUUCCACAAUCGUAACGAUUGGAAUUGACAUAGCCAGUCUGUAGACGGGCCGGGGGAAGUAUGGAGAGACAGGUCUAGAUUCACUCAUUCGGAUUCACCCGUUGAGAGCACACUUUGGAAACUAAAGUGUUUUCCUUGGAAACUUUUAUGCAGGAGUCCGACACACUCAAAGAUGUCAGCCUGAGCAAACCGUUGUAAACGCCACUAUAAAAUUACAUGAAAUAUAGGUAGGCCUAUAUAAGUAAAUCAUAUGGGGGUCCCUCAUGGAAAUAGACUACACUAAUAAUAAUCAUAAUUUAAAAAAAGCUUUUAGCGGUGUCUCCCAUAUGGGGAAGUGACCUCUAUCGCAAGUGAUGACAUGUUUUUCAAGAAGUGCGAGGCAGAGGCGGUUGAGAAUGAAAGAACAGUAUUUUUGCAUGAGUUCUCCGGGAUAUGUUGAUGUAAAAGUAGGCUACCACAUUCUAGGUAAGGAAAAAGGUUACUUUGCAUCGGAUGGCUUCCAACGCCUCUCCAACUUCGUUGGCUCUUAUCCACACGAAUAAUGAAUUUUGUUAAUUAAGUGUCCCAAAAGCUAUUCGGAUCAUUUAGGAUGCUGUAUUUACGUCGUGUUUAUCAACUGUUCAUCCGGGUGAGAGGGCAUCAAUCAACGCCAGAAGUUUCAAAAACCGAAAGUAGGCUACCACAGGUGUUCAUUACAAAAAGGUAGGACACAUGUUUUCCCAGAUACAUGACUUAAUUCACUAAACGUUUGUUUUUUCUUGAAUGGAAUUGGUGAUGAGUGAUCUAUAUUAAUUCAUUAUUACUUUUGUCGAAUUGCUUUGGCGUUAACCUUGGCUCCAGGCUAAUUGCGGAUGGGCAGGACAUUGCCUGUGAACGAGAUUACUUUGGUGUUGAGCAAUUGAUUCAAAUCAGAAAGAUGAAUAUUGAUUGGUUUCAAAACAUGCUGCAAAACAAGCAGCAAACACUGUCAGUGAUACCAAUGCAUCUCUCUGCAUGUAUAUUGUCCAGCUGUAGUGUGAUUAUCAGGCACUCUGUUCUAUCUUGUGCACAUAGUGACUCAGACCAGCAGCAUGCUUACCUGUGGAUAAGAGUGAUCCCUGUGGGUUGAGUGUGGACCCCCACGUCCUCCCUGCUCCUUCUCCUGCCUCGGUUCCCGUCACCUUCAGCCCUACUGUCCACAUGCAGGCCAAGAAGAGGUACCUGCUCGUGUCUCUAGGGGCCUGUCUUCUUCUGGUUGCCUACCUGUGGGGACUGCAGAUCGGGGAGUUCCAAAACCACAACCAGCAACUCUACAGAGUCGCCCAGAGCCCCGGCCUCGGCCUGCCCAGACAGCGUUGGCCUGAGUGGACCCACCCGCUUAACACCUACCUGGAGGACGGAGAGCAGGAGGAGGACAGCCCUCUCCUCCACCACCAGCACACCUCUCCCCGGGAGAGACGGGAGGUCCGCAACAACAUCUACAAGAGCAGGAGGUGCCGCAUGGACACAUGCUUCGACUUCAGCCGCUGCCAGAGGGGGUUCAAGGUGUACGUCUACCCCCUGCUGAAGGGGGAGAAGGUGUCUGAGAGCUACCAGAAGAUCCUGACAGCUGUCGAGGAUUCCCGGUUCCACACCACAGACGUCAACGAGGCCUGUCUGUUUGUGCUGGGCAUUGACACUCUGGACCGGGACCAGCUGUCAAGCCAGUACAUUCACAAUGUCAAGGCUAAAAUACAGAGCCUCCCUACGUGGAACGACGGGAGGAACCACCUCAUAUUCAACCUUUACUCUGGCACCUGGCCAGCUUACACAGAGGAGCUGGGCUUUGAUAUUGGCCAGGCCAUUUUGGCCAAAGCCAGCAUUGAUAUGGAUAACUUUAGGCCACACUUUGAUGUGUCCAUUCCUUUGUUUUCAAAAGACCAUUCUCAAAAAGGAGGGGACAAGGGUUAUUUGACACUCAACAAUGUCCCUCCAUCAAGGAAAUAUUUACUGGUUUUCAAAGGGAAGAGGUAUCUGACUGGUAUCGGUUCAGAAACCAGGAACGCUUUAUAUCACAUUCACAAUGGGGAAGAUAUCAUUCUUUUGACCACCUGCAAGCAUGGGAAGGACUGGGAAAAGCAUAAGGAUGCAAGAUGCGACAGGGACAAUGAAGAAUACUCAAAGUAAGUUCCCCUCUUAUGUCCUUUCGCUGGUUCAGGGCGGGGCUAAUUACUAAAAGUGAGUCACAUAUUUCACAAUGGUAUGUUUUUCACUCUACAGCACAGGAUGUACAGACAGUCUGACACAACAUAUCAAGGGGGUAAUCCCUAUUUGAGGAAGACACUCCUAGCACUGUGACUAUCAUCAUACUGCAGUUGCUCAUCCAUGUUAGUUGGAUAAUCCUAACAACGUUUGCAUCCAGUUUUACUUUCUUAUCUUGCUACAGUAUCUAUCUACCAAUAUUUUGGAGCAACGGGGAAAAAGCAGCUUUGGUGGUAUAGGUUGGCUGUGAUCUUUGCCUGGUUUUUAUAGAUGCUUUAGAAUACCCAUGAGAGUACUGCUAGUCUGCAAUAUAGUCGAACAUGUUCUUUAGUUCUGCAGCCUGAGUAAAAGCACAGAGACAAAACACUUGAGAGAUCUGUGUGCAAAGAAUCCCUUGCCACUGAGCAGCUCUGCAACAGCUGACAAAGAAAUACGUUUUUCAGCAGUUGAGCAAAAGGGUAUGGGCUUUCAGUGGAUUGCAAAUGUAUUGGCCUUGCUUGAAUCGGAGCAUAAAGAAGUUGUUACUCUUUUUAAAACACAUGUCUCAGUAAAGUUACUAAAGUAUUGGUGCCCAAACGAAAUGUACGUAAUCCAGUAAUCCCAUACAGAAACAUGUGACAGUUUUUAAAUUAGCCUCAUUUAACCUGGAACCACAUGGGAAGUAUCCUUACCUUCAGGCUCUGAUCAGACCCUACACCCAAACGAGGGCACUACAUUCAUCCACCUCUGGCCUGCUAGCCCCCCUACCUCUACGGAAGCACAGUUCCCGCUCAGCCCAGUCAAAGCUAUUCGCUGCUCUGGCACCCCAAUGGUGGAACAAGCUCCCCCACGACGUCAGGACAGCGGAGUCACUGACCACCUUCCGGAGACACUUGAAACCCUACCUCUUUAAGGAAUACCUGGAAUAGUAUAACAGUAAUCCUUCUACCCCCCCCCCCCCCCUCCUAAAUUGAAUGCACCAAUUUGUAAGUCGCGUCUGCUAAAUGACUUAAAUGUAAGUAUUGACUUCCGUUGUAUCGGACUCUCCUGAUUUGUUUUGUAUGGCUGGAUUUUCCCCCACUUCCCAUUGUUGCAGGAUGGGCAUGUUUGUGCAGUGAAGACCAUGUCAUCACUGGUAAUGCUCAGUCUUACUUACGUUUUCAACUUGCACUCCAGCCCUUAGUUAUUUCAGUGCCUGGCUCGACCUCAUUGGUUAUUAGUAUGAAUGAAUGUCCCACAGUUGUUUUUAGGAUGGUCAGAGAGUUGGAGUGUGGAACACAUCCUGUGAGAUCUUUUAAGGGUUCUUGUUACAGUUCUGGCUCUGUGCCAAAUCACAUCACAAACUGUUUGAUCAGACCAAUAAGAUCAACAUUUUAAAAAUGUCUUCAAGCUCACAUAGAGAAAGAUUUAACAGCACUGUUUGAAGAGAAACCAAUGAGGCCUACAGUAUAAUUCCAAAAGAUUGAUUACCAAAGAUAUCAAAUAACUCUCUCAGACAGUGACAGGAAAGUAAACAAUUUUGUACAUUAAUUCAGAUACAGUGUGGGCAAAACAAGGUCCACAACUGAAGAUACUCUCUGUGUGAAUAAAAUGGAAGGGGAUUUCAAAGCCUCAGUCAGAACAGUCAAUAAUUGGCCUUCAAUUGAAUUAAACUGGAGCUGAGGGAUUGAGGACGAUCACACCCCAUGCUGGACAGCCAUGGAUUGAAGUAAGAUUAUUUAACUGUACCGCAAUAACGUCCCCCAGAACCCAGCACAACAGAACCAUGUGUCUCAGUCACAUAACUGACGAUGACACGAUGUCCCUAUUUAACAUGGUAGACUUAUUUCAUUACUAAAAUGGUAUAGAAGAAGUCCUCAACGCCUGUGUGUCUCAGAAGACAGUCAGAUUUCUUUGUCUGGUCCUUGUUCUUUUCUACCUGAGGAGAGCGAGAUCCUGCUGAUGAGAUGUAUUGAUAGGCUGUAAAUUACAGUUUCUCACUGUUGGGUGCUUUCUGCAGAUCUAUCACCAGCCAUGAAAGUAACAAUCCUUUGACAGUGCUUUAAUUACAGACUACAUUUAACCUGUUGUUUCCCAGCCUCGCUGGCAGACAAAGAAUACAUUAUAUUUAAUUAGUGAAGAGCUAUAGACUAGUUCUUGCUUUUACUCUAACUACAUGUUACAUGAAAAACCUGUUGAAUGAAUUGUUAUAGAUUUUUCAAUGGUUUCCGACCGAUAUUACGCUUGACAUUUUAUUAAUUUAGCACACACUCUUAUUCAGAGCGAUUUACAGUUAGUGCAUUCAUCUAAGUUAGCUAUCAGCGUUUACCCCCCAAAAAAUAUACCACUCCAUUAUUGGUUAUGACCAGUCAUGCCUUGCUUCUUUAUAAAUGCAUUGAUAUCCGGGUUACUUGCCAGACUUUCUGACAAUAAGGUCUACACUGGGGUAUGCAUAUGAUCUAAAACAUUUUGUAUGGGAGCUUCCUCAAUCCUGCACAUCCACGUACGAAAUUAGACAAAUGGACCAAACACCUCAAAGGUAGUUAGAAGGUGAUUGUCAAUCACUCAAUCAUCUAUCUCAGUUGAUAAUGUCAGCAGGAAGAAAAAGCUGGGAAUUGAUUAAUACUUGCUCAACAAAAACCAAUGAGAGCAUGAAAAGAACUGGAUUGUUCUGUGCUGUAAAAUUGGUAAAUGCGUUUGAAUUUUCUUUCAAGUGAAUGUAUUGCCGUCUUGACUAACUGGAAUUGAAAGGGUUCAUUUGUGAGGUUGUAACUUUGACAUUGGUAAUAUGGAGCAGCAGUUGUGCACCGGUGCAGUUAAUUCCAGCCAGGCAACGCAGGUACGGUUUUGGACAUUAUUUUGUUUGUAUCUUGCAUAUGUCUAGAAACCCUGCCAACAUUCAAACAAUGCAGCGGCAUCUGCUGACACAGAGACAUAGAUUUGGUGGGUAAACAAUGUCAUAUGUUUGCUCUUGAAGAUUUUCAUUUUCUUCUGCCGUAUUAAGUGUUGUUGCACUUGCAAUCCUAGUUGCCUGACUUGGUCGUAUCUGAUACCUCGCUUGGACUCCAAAUAAGUAAUAGAGGAAUGGGACUUGACUCAAUCACAGGUUCUUGUUUUUUCUCCCUUUUUCCUAUCUGGACUUGUGCAUCAUAGAAACCAAGCGCCAGGCAUCAAAUGAAAUGUGCCAAAGGUGUGGGUCACUCAUGAUUGAUACCAUCCAUCUUCACGGGGUGGGGGGGGGGUUGGCGCAAAAAAGCCAUAAAACACUGGCUAGUGGCAGUAUCGGUUGUGAUAUGAAUAAAUGUUUUCCUGAGAUAUCUUGACACGCCUGAAAGAAAAGAGUUCUGGUAUUGGACUUAUUUUUCUUCUUGUAUGGCUGUGGAUUGGAUAAUUGCUUUUAUUUAUAGACUUGAUUAUAUACAUUUAGGUUGUGAUUGGAAAUUACAUUGGCAAAUUUCUACAAUUAGAGAUGGCAACACUAACACUUAAUUCCAUAUGUUUUGUGUAAUUAAAUGCAAACAAAUAACAUGUUGUAAAGUCAUUCCAAUUCUUACUUAUGGCAGUCUGAAGCACUAUCCCCUUAACAUUUGUCAAACCAUGACGUUGAUAAAAUGCACUAACAAUAGUGUAAUUUUAGAGCCAUUUUCUAGAUGUUUACAAAAGCAAACAAGCUAUGUACUUUGAUCCUAAACUACUUCAUCAUGGCACACAAAUUAGCUCCCACAAUUAGUGCAUGUAUGCUUUCAUGUCUAAAUAAAGUGGAUCUAAAUUAAGAGGCAAAGCAUCAUACUCACUGUAGUUAAGGUGAUCUGAUUACAUUUGAGUAUCUCUGAGAGCUGUUGACCUGUGUGUGGUGUGCUCGUUCUUGCUCGGUGCGUGUGUGUGAGCAACAGAUUCACCCAUGGUGGCCCUCCGCCCAUUCUAGCUCCUCUCAGCAUCUUACCUUGGAAGAGGUGAAAUCUAUACAGAAUCACCACACUCACUAAAACAACCCUUGUGUCAAGGGCGGUUAUAAGUUAUACUUAUGCAUCCCUUCAUGGGUAUUGUGAUUUGUAAGUCGGAUACCCUCUCGCAUUACCGGCUCUUCAAAUGCCUUUUUUCUCUGCCGAUAGGCAACGUGCAUGUAAUGGACAUUAAGAACGGUUAUUGCUGUAUUUUCAUUUUGUCCUUAAUCUCUUUCUUUUUUUUUCUUCUUUAAAAAAAAAACUGACAAUCAGAUCUAAUGUACUAAACAGACUGGGCUCAUAUGCCUUAUUUUGGUUAUCGGACAUGUCUUUGCUUUCUUGUGCGUGUGGGAUGGUAGCCUGUAGUGUUUUCAAUGGUCUGAUGGUGAAGAGGAGGAUAAUGAUUGUUGAUGUUGUUAUUAUUAUUAUAUUAUCAUUCAUAUAAUUCAUUUAGAUGUUAUGAUUAUAAUGAAUAAUGUUAUUAUAGCUAUUAAUAGUAUUGUGUUUUAUUAUUAUUAUUAACAUUAUCCAGGUAGUCAUACCUUCAUACCAACUUUGUGCCAUACCGGGAUAGUUGGUAAUUCUGGCACUGAACACAAGGGGUGCUGUUUUCAAACCCCACUGAUACUCUGCAAUCCGAAGGUUAGCAAUGCUAACAAGUACAUGUAAAACCCAUAGAGAAUGCUAACUAAAUGCUAACGAGCGCAUUGCGAACAUUUUGUACAGUUUCUGACCUAAACUAUGCAAGUAACAAAAAAAUGCUAUUCACAGUUUGCUGCACACACAAAACAAAUAUUAGCCAGCAUGGCUCUUGAUCCAGGAGGGGAUUCUCUGCUGUUACCAAGCGAUUGCUUGAUUUUGGAAGAAACUACCACUAGAUAGCUAACUAGCUACUAAAUUUGCAAACUAAAUGCACAGCUGCAGAGCAUUUAGCACAUUUUAGACCGUUAACUUUACCCUUUGAGGCUUACGAUCACAUAUUUGUGAUCAUUGUUGAAUGGUCCCUGCAGCGUACCAUUGCAAAUAUGUGAUUGGAACAGUAGCAACAGAACGUACAGUUAUGAUGCAACAAACGUGUCUAAACAGCAUUGUUGUCUGAAAAGCAUCUAAACAAUGUUUUGUACUGAUGGGAAAUAAAGGUCUUCACAACUUUAUUCCUUAAUUUCACCUUUUAUUGUAAAAGAUAAAUGCGAACUUCAUCAUCCAAGCAUCACACAGAACACAUCCACAGCCAAACUCAUUCCAUAAACCAGUCUAAAUAACAGGUUGUGCUGACAAAAAAUAAAACAUAAGUUAGUGACCUAACAGCUAGACUUAUUUACAAUGUUCCACAUCUCGGGGGAGAUGCGUGUCAGCUCAGUUAACAGCAGCUACAUUCUUUAUGAUGGGAGCCAUGUUUGUUUGUUUGUUUGACAAGUGAAAACACCCUAAUCCCAGAAUGCCAUUCACUAUAAGACACAAAUAAUCAAAGUCUGAAAAAAUAUGAACUUAGUUUGGCCACUUUUCAGCAUAUUACAAAUCUUUGAUGUACUUUGUUACAGGGUAUACAUGAACCGGCGCACAUGACUUGACAAGUCGUUCACAGUUUGACAAAUGCCAAAGCAAAUAAAAUGUUAUCACCUCACAGACCAAAUACAAGCCUACUGCCUAGCCUAACAUUAGCGCGAAAGCUAAAAAUGGUUGCCAGUUUAGGAUGAAAUCAUUUGAGGGGGUUUGUGGGGGGGGGGGGGGGGGGGGGGGGGGUUCAAGUCCAUGGGGGGGGGGGAGAAAUGGGGGAAGGUAUCAAGGGGGGAUAUGAUGCAGUAAAUAUUACUAUGGUUGGGGAUUUAUCAAUAAAUGCGGGGCAAACACAGAAGUUUAUAAGCAUAAAGGGGGUCUAAGCUGGCAACCCUGAGGUACCAUAGUUACAACCUGAUGCCGCGUUCAAAACAACUGGGAACUCGGAAAUCUCAGACUUCCCACUUCAGUCCGUUCAAGACAACUGGGAACUUUGGAACAUUUUGAACGGUCAUCCAACUCAGAAUUGUAACUCGGGAACUCAGGCUUCAUUCUAGAGCUCCGACCUGAAGAUCACUGACGUCAUGAUUUGACACCGUAUUUUUCUGAGUUCCCAGUUGUCUUGAGAGCACCAUAAGUCAGUAGAGUGAACCAUCCCUUCACCUCGUUUUGUUAUAACAUCUUUAGUCUAACAGACGCUUACGUGACAACCAGAAUGCAUUGUAUGAUGUCAACCGACAUGGCGCCACACAUAGCUUACCAUUAGCUCAUCAUAAUCAGUACAACCUUCAAAAAAGUAUUUUACACACAUCAUGUGUCCAUUACAAUCUAUGCAAGAAUCGGAAUGCAUGAUUUGUCACCAGUACUUGAAUAAAACAGUAAAUACAUUAUGCUCCAUACAUACAGUACCAGUCAAAAGUUUGGACACACCUACUCAUUGAAGGAUUUUUCUUUAUUUUUGCUAUUUUCUACAUUGUAGAAUAAUAGUGAAGACAUAAACUAUGAAAUAACGCAUUGAAUCAGGUUUUCAUGGUACGGUCCGUAUUGCUUUCUGGGCUUUUUUCAGCGGUUGAAGGUGAGCUUAGGACGCAAAAUGGGGGGUCAUGGGUAAGGAGGUGGUCUUUCUGGCAGUGGUGUAAAGUACUUAAGUAAAAAUACUUUAAAGUACUACUUAAAUCAUUUUUUUUGGGGGGGGGGUGUAUCUGUACUUUACUUUACUCUUUAUAUUUUUGUCGACUUUUACUUUUACUCCUCUACAUUCCUAAAGAAAAUAAUGUACUCUUUACUCCAUACAUUUUCCCUGACACCCAAAAGUGCUCCGUUACAUUUUUAAUGCUUAGCAGGACAGAAAUGGUCCAAUUCACACACUUAUCAAGAGAACAUCCCUGGUCAUCCCUGAUGCCUCUGAUCUGGCAGACUCUCUAAACACAUGCUUUGUUUGUAAAUUAUGUGAGUGUUGGUGUGUGCCCCUGGCUAUCCAUAAAUUAGAAAAACAAGAAAAUCGUGCCGUCUGGUUUGCUUAAUAUAAGGAAUUUGGAAUGAUUUACUUUUACUUUUGAUACUUAAGUAUAUUUUAGCAAUUACAUUUACUUUUGAUACUUAAGUAUAUUUAAAACCAAAUACUUUUACUAAGACUUUUACUCACUUUUACUUGAGUCAUUUUUUAUUAAGGUAUCUUUACGUUUACUCAAGUAUGACAAUUGGGUACUUUUUCUACCACUGCCUAUUGGUAUGGGGGGAGGUUUUAACGGGUGGGAUAUUGGAGGACAAUUGGUCAGUUGUAGCUACAGUGUGCUUAGCAGUGCAUAUAUCAUUGUACAGCUAUAUGGAUACUUGAUCAUCGUGGUACUUUUCAAUAGUAAGUUUACAAGCACAUAUUAUGCUAAGUAUAAUUGAAAUUUGUAUCUGAUGGUAAGUGGUGAAAUAAGUAUGGCUAGUUAUAAUUGUAAUGGUUUAGCAGAUCAUAAAAAAAUACGAUUAAUCUUUACCUGGCUAAAAGAGAAAGAAUCUAAUAUUUACUGUUUACAGGAAGCUCACUCUACAACUACAGAUGAGGCUUUAUGGAUAAAAGACUGGGAGGGAGAAAUGUAUUUCUGUCAUGGGCAAAGACAUUCUAAAGGGGUGAUGAUAUUCAUUAACAACAAUUUUGAUCAGAAUGUGCAAACUGUCUAAACCGAUCCGCAAGGAAGGUGGAUCCUUUUAAAUAUGCUAUUGGACUAUAAACAGUUUUGGCUCAUACGGUCCAAAUAAUGAUCAUCCACACUUCUUUGAAUAUAUUUAUAACAAUUUAUUGAGCUCACAAGCAAUAUACGAUCCUAUUAGUAUGGUGGGAGAUUAUAACACGGUUAUAAGUACUUCAAUGGACCGUAAAGGAAAUCACACUACAAACUAUCAAACUAUUACCCUCAUGCACUUAAGGAGAUCACAACUAUGAUGAACACAUUAGAACUAGUGGAUAUAUGGAGGCUUAAAUACCCUGACUUAGUGAGAUGUACAUGGAGGAAGCUUAAUCAAGCUAUUUGUCUUGACUACUUUCUUGUGUCCUCCUCAUUGCACCAAAAGUUUUAAAGUAUUGGUAGGAGACAGAAUGCGAUCGGACCACCACCUAAUAAUUGGCAUCCACAUAACUCUCUUUUAGAGAUUUCACUGGACAUUUUAUCAAAGCCUUCUGGAUGACAAUCUGUUCCUAUCCAAGACAAAAUCAUUUAUAACUGAUUUGUUUUCUGCAUAACAUAGGUACUACAGAUCUCCUUAUUGUAUGGGACACUUUCAAGUGCGCCCUCAGAGGCUAUGCUAUUCAAUUUUCAUCAUUAUAACAAAAACAAUUGCGGUCCAAAGAGAUGAGACUUACAAAGGAAAUAGAGUUACUAACAGUGCAGCUAGAUAGCACAAAAAACUGUACCAUUGAGACACGGAAUAAAUUAGAAGAAAAAUAAAUAUGGAACUUAUUCAAGAAUGAUCAAGUGUAGAAUAUUACAAACAUAAAGCAAACUGUAUGGAACAUUUUGAAAAAUGCAACAAUGUAUUUAUAUCUUCAACAUAGAAAUGCUACAAAAAGAAUGUACAGAAAAUCGUUACAAAUGGAGUCAUCCAUGACUAACCGAUUAUGAUAUUUUUUUGUUCUCUUUUCAGUUUCCUCCAUCUCCACUGAAUGAAGUUAAGGAAUUUUCUACUAACAAUAGUGUAAAAUUAACAAUUGUAUUGAAAGACUUGUGUGAAGGCCAAAUUACAGAGGAGGAACUUAUUGAUGCUAGUGUUGCGCGGUAUACCGAAACUUCUGUUAUUUUUCGAUAAAUAAAAUAAUGGUUCAGUAUUAUCAUUUUUGUUACGUUCGGUACUUCUGUCAAUUGGGUCUCACGUGAUUGAGAGGAUCUGUCUAUCAGCGCCAUGAGCUAGAAUUGUCUGGGCUUCAAUAGCUCCUCAGUCCCCACCCAUGCUGCACAGAAGUUAACACACUUGAAUACUGCAACACGCCAUGUAGAAAUGUUGAAACUGUUCUUUACUGUUCGCAAAACUAUGUCCAUACAGGCUUGACAUUUUUUACAAUGCAAGAUGAUACCGGUAGCUUUCAGCUUUAAUUGUAGGCUAACUUUUCUUGCUAGUUUACAGCUGAAUUCAAUACCCUAGUACUGUUUGAUAACAUGCUAACCAUAAUGAAAAAUAUGCUGAUUUCAAAGCUGAUUGUCACCGAAAAUGUCACGUAGUCUCCCUCGCCACCAAAAACUAAUUCACUUUCUUGUCUUCCUUUGCCUCCUGGCUGCUUUCCACUAGAUUCCAUUCCAUUGCCAUAAAAUCCGAUUCCAGAGCCACAUUCUGCCUUGCGAAUAACAUAAUGCAUUUCUUAGAGACAGUGCACACUUUUAUAAAAGAAGAGAUUGCUUCUUCUAUGCAACUGUUUUUAAUCAGUACAUUAAAAUGAUAUGUUCUCUUAGCAGUUGCCAAUAAAAUAAGUCCUAAAUGGAAGUGAUUGUUUGUCAUCUGUAGCCCCAUGAAAUGAGCUAAAACAAGCUCAAUAACUCAUGCAUGCACACACUCCUAUUGAAUAAUAUGCAUUCACCUGUAUUGUGAAUAGACCUAGGCUACAUCUUGAUUUACCCAGCUUAUAAAUAGAGAUUAACCAUUCAAAUUAAUGAUUACCAUUAAGUUGUUUUGUAGUUAGAUUGGUAAAAACAAAGUCAAAUUGAUUGUGUGAUUGUAUAAUUGAUUCAAUGAAUGCUUACAUGGCUGCCAAUUUUUUUUUAACCUAAUAUUUUUCAAAUGUAAUACUCUUGAACAGAGCAGUAGCUGAGUUGAUCUGUCUGAAUCAAGUGCCAUUCUGUGUCUUUGGCUAAUAUGCCUUUCUUUGUGGUAUCAAGUACCGUGAUGGUAUCGCGUAUUGUGAUACUAAACCUGGGAUUGGUAUCGAAGUAAAAAUUCUGGUAUCGUGACAACAGUAGUUGAUGCUAUUAAAUCUUUUCAGUCUGGGAAAGCUCCAGGGCUAGAUGGAAUACCAGUAGAGUUAUACCAAGCCCUUUUCGAUGUACUCAAGAUCCACUUCUAGCAUGUUUUAACUACUCCUAUGAAAAUGGUAAACUAUCAGAUAUUCUGCAAGAUGGUCUGAUUUCACUAUUACUGAAACAGGUGGUAAGUAUAAAGAUCCAGUCCAUAAAACAAAUUGGAGACCCCUUACACUUCAAUGUUGUGAUGCAAAAAUCCUGGCAAAAUGCAUAGCGCAUAGAAUUAAAUAGGUGUUGUCGGAUAUUAUUCAUCCGGAUCAGACACUUUUUUACAUGGACGAUACAUUGGUGAUAAUAUAAGAAAAGUACUUGAAACAAUAGAACACUAUUAAACAUCGAAGAAACCAGGUCUGUUCUUAAUAGCAGAUUUUGAGAAGGCCUUUGAUAAAGUAUGACUGGAAUUUAUAUAUACUGUAAAUGCCUGGACUAUUUUAGUUUAGGAGAAUCCCUUAUAUAAUUGGUUAAAGUUAUGUAUAGCAACCCCCAUCGGGUUCUUGGUCACCUCUCUGACCAAGGCCCUUCUCCCCCGAUUGCUCAGUUUGCGGCCAAAGAAUGAUGGAGGCCACUGUGUGAAGCCAGCUGGCAAUGGCUUCCUAGAUCCAAGAUGGUUCCCUUUGGUAUCAAUAAGACUGUGGACAAGAUCAAACUGAUGGAGGGCUGCUCCUCUGGCAUCCGUAAAGCUGUGCAGACCGCCUUCCGUCGCGCUGUGAGCCACCUGAGCCAGGUCAAGGACAAGCCUAGCAGCGAGCCCCCCGUGUAGCUCAGUUGGUAGAGCAUGGCGUUUGCAACGCCAGGGUUGUGGGUUCCAUUCCCACGGGGGGCCAGUAUGAAAAAUGUAUGCACUCACUAACUGUAAGUCGCUCUGGAUAAGAGCGUCUGCUAAAUGACAAAAAUUUAAAAUGUGUUGUUGGGGACCUUCAAUGCUGCGGAUCUGUGCCUCGACACAAUCCUGUCUCGGAGCACUCCGGACAAUUCCUUCGACCUCAUGGCUUGGUUUUUGCUCUGACAUGCACUGUCAACUGUGGGACCUUAUAUAGACAGGUGUGUGCCUUUCCAAAUCAUGUCCAAUCAAUUGAAUUUAGUUGUAGAAACAUCUCAAGGAUGAUCAAUGGAAACAGGAUGCACCUGAGCUCAAUUUCAAGUCUCAUAGCAAAGGGUCUGAAUACUUAUCUAAAUAAGGUAUUUCAGUUUUUUUUUUUUUUGACAUUUGCAAAAAUAUCUAAACCUGUUUUUGCUUCAUCAUUAUGGAGUAUUGUGUGUAGAUUGCUGAGAAAAAAAAUAUAUUUAAUCCAUUUUAGAAUAAGGCUGUAGCGUAACAAUGUGGGAAAAAGUCAAGGGGUCUGAAUACUUUCCGAAGGCACUGUGUAUGGGGAAUACAACCAUCUCAGCUCUGCAGAUUUUCCUGCGAAGAGACAGAAUCAUUAGAUCAGUUAUUUUGGUAUUGCCCCCUAUGUAGCUUGUUUCUGGUCACAGGUUCAGGAAUGGCAAAAAAAAUCACAACAUUUACCUAAAACUAACCCUACAAAUGGCACUGCUGGGAGAUUUGGAAAGCCAUAAUCAAUCAACAAUAUAAUAAUACUCUUAUUAAAAAUAUUCAUAUUUAACUUACCAUCUGUAUACUAUGCGAUUUAGAAAGGUUCAGAAUUCAUGUGAAACAGCACAGUAGAAAAAUAUAUGGGUUUACGGAGAGGUGGUAUGGGCUGAGAGUAGCUGAGGGGUGCGUUUAAAAAAACAAUGAUUUAUAAUAGUUAUGACUUAAAACACUUUUUGUGUUUAAGUACAAUCUAUCCAGAUGUAAUGUACACUGAGUAUACCAAACAUUAGGAAGACCUUCCUAAUAUUGAGUUGCACCGCCCCCCCCCCCCUGCCCUCACAACAGCCUCAGUUCAUCAAAUCAAAUCAAAUCAAUUUUUAUUGGCCACAUGUGCCGAAUACAACAGGUGCAGACAUUACAGUGAAAUAAUAAUAAUAAUAAUAAUAUAAUUAAUAAUAAUAAUAAUAAUAAUAAUAAUAUGCCAUUUAGCAGACGCUUUUAUCCAAAGCGACUUACAGUCGUGCGUGCAUACAUUUUUGUGUAUGGGUGGUCCCGGGGAUCGAACCCACUACCUUGGCGUUACAAGCGCCGUGCUCUACCAGCUGAGCUACAGAGGACCACCCAUACAUAAUGCUUACUUACAGCCCUUAACCAACAGUGCAUUUAUUUUUUAUUAAAAAAUAAAAUAAAACAACAACAAAAAAGUGUUGAGAGAAAAAAGAGCAGAAGUAAAAUAAAAUAAUAGUAGGGAGGCUAUAUAUACAGGGGGGUACCGGUGCAGAGUCAAUGUGCGGGGGCACCGGCUAGUUGAGGUAGUUGAAGUAAUAUGUACAUCUGGGUAGAGUUAAAGUGACUAUGCAUAAAUAAUUAACAGAGUAGCAGCAGCGUAAAAAGAUGGGGUGAUUAGCUGUUCAGGAGUCUUAUGGCUUGGGGGUAGAAGCUGUUGAGAAGUCUUUUGGACCUAGACUUGGCACUCCGGUACCGCUUGCCGUGCGGUAGCAGAGAGAACAGUCUAUGACUAGGGUGGCUGGAGUCUUUGACAAUUUUGAGGGCCUUCCUCUGACACCGCCUGGUAUAGAGGUCCUGGAUGGCAGGAAGCUUGUCCCCAGUGAUGUACUGGGCCGUACGCAGUACCCUCUGUAGUGCCUUGCGGUCGGAGGCCAAGCAGUUGCCAUACCAGGCGGUGAUGCAACCAGUCAGGAUGCUCUCGAUGGUGCAGCUGUAGAAUUUUUUGAGGAUCUGAGGACCCAUGGCAAAUCUUUUCAGUCUCCUGAGGGGGAAUAGGCUUUGUCGUGCCCUCUUUACGACUGUCUUGGUGUGUUUGGACCAUGAUAGUUCGUUGGUGAUGUGGACACCAAGGAACUUGAAGCUCUCAACCUGUUCCACUACAGCCCCGUCGAUGAGAAUGGGGGCAUGCUCAGUCCUCUUUUUUUUUCCUGUAGUCCACAAUCAUCUCCUUUGUCUUGGUCACGUUGAGGGAGAGGUUGUUAUCCUGGCACCACACGGCCAGGUCUCUGACCUCCUCCCUAUAGGCUGUCUCAUCGUUGUCGGUGAUCAGGCCUACCACUGUUGUGUCGUCUGCAAACUUAAUGAUGGUGUUGGAGUCGUGCCUGGCCAUGCAGUCAUGGGUGAACAGGGAGUACAGGAGGGGACUGAGCACGCACCCCUGAGGGGCCCCCGUGUUGAGGAUCAGUGUGGCUGAUGUGUUGUUACCUACCCUUACCACCUGGGGGCGGCCCAUCAGGAAGUCCAGGAUCCAGUUGCAGAGGGAGGUGUUUAGUCCCAGGAUCCUUAGCUUAGUGAUGAGCUUUGAGGGCACUAUGGUGUUGAAUGCUGAGCUGUAGUCAAUGAAUAGCAUUCUCACGUAGGUGUUCCUCUUGUCCAGGUGGGAAAGGGCAGUGUGGAGUGCAGUAGAGAUUGCAUCAUCUGUGGAUCUGUUGGAGCGGUAUGCAAAUUGGAGUGGGUCUAGGGUUUCUGGGAUAAUGGUGUUGAUGUGAGCCAUGACCAGCCUUUCAAAGCACUUCAUGGCUACAGACGUCAGUGCUACGGGUCGGUAGUCAUUUAGGCAGGUUAUCUUAGUGUCCUUGGGCACGGGGACUAUGGUGGUCUGCUUGAAACAUGUUGGUAUUACAGACUCAGUCAGGGACAUGUUGAAAAUGUCAGUGAAGACACUUGCCAGUUGGUCAGCACAUGCUCGGAGUACACGUCCUGGUAAUCCGUCUGGCCCUGCGGCCUUGUGAAUGUUGACCUGCUUAAAAGUCUUACUCACAUCGGCUACGGAGAGCGUGAUCACAUAGUCAUCAGUCAACAGCUGGUGCUCUCAUGCAUGCUUCAGUGUUGCUUGCCUCGAAGCGAGCAUAGAAGUGGUUUAGCUCGUCUGGUAGGCUUGUGUCACUGGGAAGCUCGCGGCUGUGCUUCCCUUUGUAGUCUGUAAUAUUUUUCAAGCCCUGCCACAUCCGACGAGCGUCAGAGCCGGUGUAGUACGAUUCAAUCUUAGUCCUGUAUUGACUCUUUGCCUGUUUGAAUGUUUGUCGGAGGGCAUAGCGGGAUUUCUUAUAAGCGUCCGGGUUAGAGUCAAUAAUCCCGCUCCUUGAAAGCGGCAGCUCUACCCUUUAGCUCAGUGCGGAUGUUUCCUGUAAUCCAUGGCUUCUGGUUGGGGUAUGUACGUAUGGUCACUGUGGGGACGACAUCAUCGAUGCACUUAUUGAUGAAGCCAGUGAGUGAUGUGGUGUACUCCUCAAUGCUUUCUGAAGAAUCCCGGAACAUGUUCCAGUCUGUGCUAGCAAAACAGUCCUGUAGCUUAGCAUCUGCGUCAUCUGACCACUUUUUUAUUAACCGAGUCACUGGUGCUUCCUGCUUUAGUUUUUGCUUAUAAGCAGGAAUCAGGAGGAUAGAGUUAUGGUCAGAUUUGCCAAAUGGAGGGCGAGGGAGAGCUUUGUAUGCGUCUCUCUAUGUGGAGUAAAGGUGGUCUAGAGUUUUUUUUCCUCUGGUUGCACAUUUAACAUGCUGGUAGAAAUUAGGUAGAACGGAUUUAAGUUUCCCUGCAUUAAAGUCCCCGGCCACUAGGAGCGCUGCCUCUGGAUGAGCGUUUUCCUGUUGACUUAUGGCCUUAUACAGCUCAUUCAGUGCAAUCUUAAUGCCAGCAUUGGUUUGUGGUGGUAAAUAGACAGCUAUGAAAAAUAUAGAUGAAAACUCUCUUGGUAAAUAGUGUGGUCUACAUCUUAUCAUAAGAUGCAAAACCUUGUGCACCAGCUGUUGUUUACAAAUAUACACAGACCGCCACCCCUUGUCUUACCGGAGUCAGACGUUCUAUCCUGCCGAUGUAGCGUAUAGCCCGCUAGCUGUAUGUUAUCCAUGUCGUCGCCACGACUCGGUGAAACAUAAGAUAUUACAGUUUUUAAUGUCCCGUUGGUAGGAUAACCGUAAUCUUAGGUCAUCCAAUUUAUUUUCCAAUGAUUGAAGAUUGGCUAAUAGGAUUGAUGGGAGCGGCAGUUUACUCGCUCGCCGUCGGAUCCUUACAAGGCACCCCAACCUACGUCCACGAUAUCUCCGUCUCUUCCUCAUGCGAAUGACGGGGAUUUGGGCCUUGUCGGGUGUCUGUAGGAUAUCCUUCGCAGCCGCCUCGUUGAAGAAAAAUUAUUCAUCCAAUACGAGGUGAGUAAUCGCUGUCCUGAUAUCCAGAAGCUCUUUUUGGUUAUAACAGACGAUGGCAGAAACAUUAUGUACAAAAUAAAUUACAAAAUAGUCGGAAAAACACACAUAAUAGUACAAUUGGUUAAAGGGCUGUACUACAUCGGGACAUGGACUACAAGAUGUCGACAGGGAUGCUGGCCCACGUUGUCUCUAAUGCGUCCCACAGUUGUGUCAAGUUGGCUGGAUGUCCUUUGGGUGGUGGACCAUUCUUGAUACACACAGGAAACAUUUGAGCGUGAAAAACCCAGCAGCAUUGCAAUUCUUGACACAAACCAGUGCGCCUGGCACUUGCUACCAUACCCCAUUCAAAAGCACUUAAAUCUUUUGUCUUGCCUAUUCACCCGCUGAAUGGCACACAUACACACUCCAUGUCUCAAUUGUCUCAAGGCUUAAAAAUCAUUCUACACCGAUUUGAAGUGGAUUUAACAAGUGACCUCAACAAGGGAUCAUAGCUUUCACCUGGAUUCACCUGGUCAGUGUGUCAUGGAAAGAGCAGGUGUCCUUUAAUGUUUUGUAUACUCAGUGUAUAUCAAAUACCUAUAUUUUUGCAAUGUAACUACUAUGUAAAAAAAAGUGCCUUGUGUGUAGAAUGUACAUGUAAUAUAAAAUAAAAAUAUGUAAAAACAAAGUUAUUUUUGUCCUCCAAAGAGGGGAAAAAAAUUAUACGAAGAAUUGAGCGUGUCCUGCCCUGAAGUGUUGUACUUGGCAAACCUGCAGAAGUGGAAUUCCCUGUGUGUGUCGUCGUGGUAAUUAUUCUAAUCAAAGGAGAGACUUUUAGAUUUCUUCAAAAUCAUCAAGCUUUAUUCAUAAUUACUGCAGUAAUGGAGCGUUAACGGUCACCCAAUGGUGUAGAGUUAAGGCCCAAAUAAGCAGGGUUAGGUUACAACUCUUUAUAGUCUUUCUGAGUCCUCGUGACAAAGAACAGAUAUGUGAAAUUAUACAAAGGUGUGUGUGUGUGUGUGUGUGUGUAUAUGUAUGUAUGUAUGUAUGUAUGUGUGUGUGUGUGUGUGUGUGUGUAUAUAUAUAUAUAUAUAUAUAUAUAUAUAUAUAUAUAUAUAUAUAUAUAUAUAUAUAUAUAUAUAUAUAUAUAUAUAUAUAUAUAUAUAUAUAUAUAUAUAUAUUAGUCACGAACGUUGAGAGACGGGUCAGACCAAGGUGCAGCGUGAAAAGCGUACAUUUACAUUUAAGUCAUUUAGCAGACGCUCUUAUCCAGAGCGACUUACAGUUAGUGAGUGCAUACAUUAUUUUAUUUUUUUGUUUUGUUUUAUUUUAUACCCCCCGUGGGAAACGAACCCACAACCCUGGCGUUGCAAACGCCAUGCGCUACAAACUGAGCUACAUCCCCUGCCGGCCAUUCCCUCCCCUACCCUAGACGACGCUGGGCCAAUUGUGCGCCGCCCCAUGGGUCUCCCGGUCGCGGCCGGCUACGACAGAGCCUGGAUUCGAACCAGGCUAGGCCGCUCCAGGACCUUGAGAUGCUUCUUACGGAGCCACUCCUUAGUUGCCCUGGCUGUGUGUUUCGGGUCGUUGUCAUGCUGGAAGACCCAUCCACGACCCAUCUUCAAUGCUCUUACUGAGGGAAGGAGGUUGUUGGCCAAGAUCUCACGAUACAUGGCCCCAUCCAUCCUCCCCUCAAUACGGUGCAGUCGUCCUGUCCCCUUUGCAGAAAAGCAUCCCCAAAGAAUGAUGUUUCCACCUCCAUGCUUCAUGGUUGGGAUGGUGUUCUUGGGGUUAUACUCGUCCUUCUUCUUCCUCCAAACACGGCGAGUGGAGUUUAGACCAAAAAGCUCUAUUUUUGUCUCAUCAGACCACAUGACCUUCUACCAUUCCUCCUCUGGAUCAUCCAGAUGGUCAUUGGCAAACUUCAGACAGGCCUGGACAUGUGUGGACAGGUGUCUUUUAUACAGGUAACGAGUUCAAACAGGUGCAGUUAAUACAGGUAAUGAGUGGAGAAUUAAUUACUUAAAAAUCAUACAAUGUGAUUUUCCGGAUUUUUGUUUUAGAUUCCGUCUCUCACAGUUGAAGUGUACCUAUGAUAAAAAUUACAGACCUCUACAUGCUUUGUAAGUAGGAAAACCUGCAAAAUCGGCAGUGUAUCAAAUACUCCCCACUGUGUGUGUGUGUGUGUAUGUAUGUGUAUACAGUGGGGGAAAAAAGUAUUUAGUCAGCCACCAAUUGUGCAAGUUCUCCCACUUAAUAAGAUGAGAGGCCUGUAAUUUUCAUCAUAGGUACACGUCAACUAUGACAGACAAAUUGAGAAAAAAUUAUCCAGAAAAUCACAUUGGAGGAUUUUUAAUGAAUUUAUUUGCAAAUUAUGGUGGAAAAUAAGUAUUUGGUCACCUACAAACAAGCAAGAUUUCUGGCUCUCACAGACCUGUAACAUAUUCUUUAAGAGGCUCCUCUGUCCUCCACUCGUUACCUGUAUUAAUGGCACCUGUUUGAACUUGUUAUCAGUAUAAAGGACACCUGUCCACAACCUCAAACAGUCACACUCCAAACUCCACUAUGGCCAAGACCAAAGAGCUAUCAAAGGACACCAGAAACAAAAUUGUAGACCUGCACCAGGCUGGGAAGACUGAAUCUGCAAUAGGUAAGCAGCUUGGUUUGAAGAAAUCAACUGUGGGAGCAAUUAUUAGGAAAUGGAAGACAUACAAGACCACUGAUAAUCUCCCUUGAUCUGGGGCUCCACGCAAGAUCUCACCCUGUGGGGUCAAAAUGAUCACAAGAACGGUGAGCAAAAAUCCCAGAACCACACGGGGGGACCUAGUGAAUGACCUGCAGAGAGCUGGGACCAAAGUAACAAAGCCUACCAUCAGUAACACACUACGCCGCCAGGGACUCAAAUCCUGCAGUGCCAGACGUGUCCCCCUGCUUAAGCCAGUACAUGUCCAGGCCCGUCUGAAGUUUGCUAGAGUGCAUUUGGAUGAUCCAGAAGAGGGUUGGGAGAAUGUCAUAUGGUCAGAUGAAACCAAAAUAUAACUUUUUGGUAAAAACUCAACUCGUCGUGUUUGGAGGACAAAGAAUGCUGAGUUGCAUCCAAAGAACACCAUACCUACUGUGAAGCAUGGGGAUGGAAACAUCAUGCUUUGGGGCUGUUUUUCUGCAAAGGGACCAGGACGACUGAUCCGUGUAAAGGAAAGAAUGAAUGGGGCCAUGUAUCGUGAGAUUUUGAGUGAAAACCUCCUUCCAUCAGCAAGGGCAUUGAAGAUGAAACGUGGCUGGGUCUUUCAGCAUGACAAUAAUCCUAAACACACCGCCCGGGCAACGAAGGAGUGGCUUCGUAAGAAGCAUUUCAAGGUCCUGGAGUGGCCUAGCCAGUCUCCAGAUCUCAACCCCAUAGAAAAUCUUUGGAGGGAGUCCGUGUUGCCCAGCGACAGCCCCAAAACAUCACUGCUCUAGAGGAGAUCUGCAUGGAGGAAUGGGCCAAAAUACCAGCAACAGUGUGUGAAAACCUUGUGAAGACUUACAGAAAACGUUUGACCUGUGUCAUUGCCAACAAAGGGUAUAUAACAAAGUAUUGAGAAACUUUUGUUAUUGACCAAAUACUUAUUUUCCACCAUAAUUUGCAAAUAAAUUCAUUAAAAAUCCUACAAUGUGAUUUUCUGGAAAAAAAUCUCAUUUUGUCUGUCAUAGUUGACGUGUACCUAUGAUGAAAAUUACAGGCUUCUCUCAUUGUCACGAUCGUCGGGAACAGAGGACCAAGGCGCAGCGUGGAAGGUGAACAGACUUUUUAUUUAAUGAUACACUAACAAAAACAACAAAACGAUAACGUGACGUCCUUGGCUCAAACACAACCUAAUUGGAACAAGAUCCCACAAACACUGUGGGAAAACUGGCUGCUUAAGUAUGGUUCCCAAUCAGAGACAACAAGCAACAGCUGAUACACGUUGCCUCUGAUUGAGAACCACACUGGCCAACAUAGAAAUACUAAACUAGAACGAAAACAAAUGAAAACUCACACCCUGGCUCAACAUACUAGAGUCCCCAGAGCCAGGGCGUGACAGUACCCCCCCCCCCAAAGGCGCGGACUCCGACCGCGCCAACCAAACACCACAGGGGAGGGACCGGGUGGGCACUCCGCCUUGGCGGCGGAUCCGGCUCCGGGCAUGAUCCCCACUCCAUCUCUAACCCCCCAAAGUACCCCUGGUCCGGUCUGGCCCUGCUGACCGGAGCUGGACUGCACACUGGUGGAGCGGAUUGCUCUAGCUCCGGCGUGAAGCAGCUGACCCGUGCUGAACCAGGCACCGGUGGAACAGGCACAGGCUGUGCCGGACUGACGACGCACACCACUGGCUGGGUGUGGGGAGCAGGAACGGGCCGAGCCGGGCUGACGAAACGCACCCCUGACUUGGUGCGGGGAGUAGGAGCGGGCCGGACAGGGCUGACGAAGCGCACCACUGACUUGGUGCGGGGAGCAGGAACGGGCCGGACCGGGCUGACGAAGCGCACCACUGACUUGGUGCGGGGAGCAGGAACGGGCCGGACCGGGCUGACGAAGCGCACCACUGACUUGGUGCGGGGAGCAGGAGCGGGCCGGACCGGGCUGACGAAGCGCACCACUGACUUGGUGCGGGGAGCAGGAACGGGCCGGACCGGGCUGGCGAAGCGCACCACAGGCUCGAUGCGGGGAGCAGGAACAGGCCGGACCGGGCUGGCGACGCGCACCACAGGCUUGAUGCGAGGGACAGGAACAGGCCGGACCGUACUGGGGACACACACCACUGGCCCUACGCGGGGAUCAGGAACGGGCCGGACCGGACUGGUAACACACCCCAGUACCUCUCGCCUUGCCUCUACACUUUCCUUCCCCUUUGUGACCAGUGGCCCCCUUAACCUGGCGGCCUCCUCUGCCAACCCGCUGGACCGCUCUAUCGCGGCCUCCUGCUGCCCCGUCGUCCACGGCGUGAGCCCCCCCCUAAAAAUUUUCUGGGUGUCUCUCCUCCCCAUGGACCAGGCCUCCCUAGUUCUCGCCAGACUCUCACCCCACUGCUCCAAAGUCCAACCUCUCUGCUCUUCACUUGGCUUGGCCCAGUCGAGACUCUUAAUCCACUGCUCCAUAGUCCAACCUCUCUGCUCUUCACUUGGCUUGGCCCAGUCGAGACUCCUGCUCAACUGAUCCCAGGUCCAUCCUCUCUCCUCUUCACGCUGCUUGGUCCUGUCUUGGUGGGAUCUUCUGUCACGAUCGUCGGGAACAGAGGACCAAGUCGCAGCGUGGAAGGUGAACAUACUUUUUAUUUAAUGAUACACGAACAAAAACGAUAAUGUGACGUCCUUGGCUCAAACACAACCUAAUUGGAACAAGAUCCCACGAACACCGUGGGAAAACUGGCUGCUUAAGUAUGGUUCCCAAUCAGAGACAACAAGCAACAGUUGAUACACGUUGCCUCUGAUUGAGAACCACACUGGCCAACAUAGAAAUACUAAACUAGAACGAAAACAAAUGAAAACUCACACCCUGGCUCAACAUACUAGAGUCCCCAGAGCCAGGGCGUGACACUCAUCUUUUUAAGUCGGAGAACUUGCACAAUUGGUGGCUGACUAAAUACUUUUUUCCCCCACUGUAUGUAUGUAUGUAUGUAUGCAUGUAUGCAUGUAUGCAUGCAUAAAUCCAGUGUUCGUUAAUAACCUGGAGGCUUUUUAUACAUGGUUUAAAAUAUAAACAUACAGGUAACUGCCAAAAUAAUGGAAACCAUUGAGUAAACGAGGGAUACAAAGUAUAUUGAAAGCAGGUGCUUCCACACAGGUGUUGUUUUUGAGUUAAAUAACAAAUUAACAUCCCAUUAUGUUUAGGUUCGUGUAUAAAAAUGCUGGGCCACGAGUGGUUACUGAAUGGUUUGAUGAACAUGAAAAUUAUAUAAACCAUAUGCCAUGGCCUUCUCAGUAACCAGAUCUCAACCCAAUUGAACACUUCUGGGAGAUUCUGGAGCGGUGCCUUAGACAGCGUUUUCCAACACCAUCAACAAAACACCAAAUGAUGGAAUUUCUUGUGGAAGAACUUCUUCCAUUUAAGAAUGAUGGAGGCCAAGGUGCAUUGAAGCUGUUCUGGCUCGUGGUGGCCCAACGCUCUAAGAUACUUUAUGUUGGCGUUUAUUUUAUUUUGGCAGUUACAUUUAUAUCCGUGAAAAAAAGACGCUGAAUAAACAAAAUAAUAAAUGGUUGUCAUAAUAAAUCUGCAGUUUCCAAUUUUGGGAUGAUCUGAAAAUCCUGUGGCAAUGUAAGUUUUUCUUAAUUAAAAAGUGUUGGUCAUAAAGUGGGUCCAUAAAACGUCAAGCUGCUGUUAUGGAGGGAUUCACAAACCUCCAUUGUUCCGCUGAUGCUGUCGUGUUAGGGCGAUUGCUUUAUGGUUUCAAUAUAAGGGGAUGAGCCAUACUAAGACCAUAACUUUGUCUGAACGGAUUUAUUGCACAUUGACCGUAAUUAUAAACAUUUAAUAUUCUCAACUACCCUCGGAGUACUAUUAUCCAUUUUGCAGAGUCAUGUUUUUCAAUCCAUUUUGAAUGGAAUGCCUAAUCCCUAUUGUCCUCUCACAGUAUGCCUUGUAUGGGUAAUUUGAGAGCAGGAUUAUCUAAUAUCCAGUGGUAUAAACCAUUUCAGGAAAAUACCACUUACAGUGGGGAAAAAAAGUAUUUAGUCAGCCACCAAUUGUGCAAGUUCUCCCACUUAAAAAGAUGAGAGAGGCCUGUAAUUUUCAUCAUAGGUACACGUCAACUAUGACAGACAAAAUGAGAAAAAAUAAUCCAGAAAAUCACAUUGUAGGAUUUUUAAUGAAUUUAUUUGCAAAUUAUGGUGGAAAAUAAGUAUUUGGUCAAUAACAAAAGUUUCUCAAUACUUUGUUAUAUACCCUUUGUUGGCAAUGACACAGGUCAAACGUUUUCUAUAAGUCUUCACAAGGUUUUCACACACUGUUGCUGGCCCAAUUUUGGCCCAUUCCUCCAUGCAGAUCUCCUCUAGAGCAGUGAUGUUUUGGGGCUGUCGCUGGGCAACACCGACUUUCAACUCCCUCCAAAGAUUUUCUAUGGGGUUGAGAUCUGGAGACUGGCUAGGCCACUCCAGGACCUUGAAAUGCUUCUUACGAAGCCACUCCUUCGUUGCCCGGGCGGUGUGUUUGGGAUCAUUGUCAUGCUGAAAGACCCAGCCACGUUUCAUCUUCAAUGCCCUUGCUGAUGGAAGGAGGUUUUCACUUAAAAAUUCACGAUACAUGGCCCCAUUCAUUCUUUCCUUUACACGGAUCAGUCGUCCUGGUCCCUUUGCAGAAAAACAGCCCCAAAGCAUGAUGUUUCCACCCCCAUGCUUCACAGUAGGUAUGGUGUUCUUUGGAUGCAACUCAGAAUUCUUUGUCCUCCAAACACGACGAGUUGAGUUUUUACCAAAAAGUUCUAUUUUGGUUUCAUCUGACCAUAUGACAUUCUCCCAAUCCUCUUCUGGAUCAUCCAAAUGCACUCUAGCACACUUCAGACGGGCCUGGACAUGUACUGGCUAAAGCAGGGGGACACGUCUGGCGCAGCAGGAUUUGAGUCCCUGGCGGCGUAGUGUGUUACUGAUGGUAGGCUUUGUUACUUUGGUCCCAGCUCUCUGCAGGUCAUUCACUAGGUCCCCCCGUGUGGUUCUGGGAUUUUUUCUCACCGUUCUUGUGAUCAUUUUGACCCCACGGGGUGAGAUCUUGCGUGGAGCCUCAGAUCGAGGGAGAUUAUCAGUGGUCUUGUAUGUCUUCCAUUUCCUAAUAAUUGCUCCCACAGUUGAUUUCUUCAAACCAAGCUGCUUACCUAUUGCAGAUUCAGUCUUCCCAGCCUGUUGCAGGUCUACAAUUUUGUUUCUGGUGUCCUUUGACAGCUCUUUGGUCUUGGCCACAGUGGAGUUUGGAGUGUGACUGUUUGAGGUUGUGGACAGGUGUAUUUUAUACUGAUAACAAGUUCAAACAGGUGCCAUUAAUACAGGUAACGAGUGGAGGACAGAGGAGCCUCUUAAAGAAGAAGUUACAGGUCUGUGAGAGGCAGAAAUCUUGCUUGUUUGUAGGUGACCAAAUACUUAUUUUCUACCAUAAUUUGCAAAUAAAUUCAUAAAAAAUCCUACAAUGUGAUUUUCUGGAUUUUGUUUUCUAAAUGUGUCUGUCAUAGUUGACGUGUACCUAUGAUGAAAAUUACAGGCCUCUCUCAUCUUUUUAAGUGGGAGAACUUGCACAAUUGGUGGCUGACUAAAUACUUUUUUUCCCCACUGUAUUUCCUAAAGUCUCCAAAGCUAUAUCAUAGGAUAUAAGCACUAAUAUUGCCUGUAACUGCCUAUAAUCACACACUUUAUACGAUAGGUGAUGGUCUCUCAUACUUUAUGAGAGAUCAUCACCCAAUGACGUAUCCAUAUGUGAUGGUCUCUCAUAAAGUAUACACAGGACAGCCCUGCACAGCAGAGAGCAGGUUUGUGUGAACACUCUUUGAGUGUGUCGUCAGUGUAGAUUACCGCUCAUCCAUUUUCACCAGCGGCAAAUAGUGCUUAUCACAUAUUGACACAUUCAACAGCAGAGCAGAUAACUCUGUCCCCAGUCCCAGGGCUAUUUGUGCUUGCUGCCUUCCAAUGAACUACUACUCACAUUCACAACUCCAUAUUCCUAUUCCCAUUUAUUAGCAGCUCAGGCAAUCCAAUACUUAUCCCCAAUGGAGACGCAUGUGUCAUAAAAGCUCAUUUAUGCUUGAUCCGAAAUGUGGUCAGAGGCUCCAUAUGUAGGGCCUCCAGAGGCGUGCAGAGACCAAAUUGAGCUCUGUACCGCAUCACUGUGCGCCUCCCAAAUCUCUAUAUAGCUCCGCAUCGACAUGAUUGGUUGACGGUAGGUGGGGCGGGCAGGAGGUCCUGUAUAAACACAAACUCACUUCCUUCACUACAGCUCUGCUCAACAGCUCUGCGAAGCGCAAGAAGUAUGAAUGCCCUGACUCCUGCAGAGGCCUUAAAUGCUGCAUGGCCAAUGCAGACGUCGGAAUGACCAUGCAGCGCCUUUAAUGCCUCGAUCACACCUACAGUGUCAUUGCGCAAAAUGGUACGCAGCAUCAUCUGGAUAUGUGUUCAACAAAAGUUCAACAUUCACCUUCUGCUACCAUUUCUGUUAAACUGUCUACGCAUACAGUUUGAUGCAUACGUUUGAUAAAUCCAACGGAUGCACCACACAGAACCAACUGCCUCUGCAACUCAAUGCUGCAAGGCAAACGCAGUGUUCCAUUGGAAAUUAAUGUACUUCUGGUGUACCAAAAUGCAAUGACGCUGUCGGUGUGAUCGAGGCGUAAGAGACCACAUGAGAGGCACAAGUUAACAGACAAUGUUAAUGUCACCAGUGUAGCCUACUGUGUGCACAGGGUCACAGUGAUACUGUGGAGCAGUGGAUUUGUAGCAAAUGUGUAUCAGAUAGGGCUUUCAUCAUUGUGAUGGGAUGUGAAAAUGCCAUUGUUCAACCCACAGAUCUGACCUGCCUCCCCUCUUUGGGAUCAGGCACUAUUAAAGUGGCUCCCAGGGGGCAGCGAGGUGACGGACAUCCUUCACAGGAACUCAUCUUACCUCAUCCCACCUUCAACCACUGGAGGAGUAACGCUCUACUCCUAUCCCUCCAACCACUGA